CUGGUACUCAUUUGCGGCCUAAAAGACUCGAAAAGUGGUUGCCCUUUAGCUGUAAGAAUACCCUUUUUCCCAUUCUCUCCCCGUAGACUAUACAGAGCAAAAAGUAGCCGCUCCAUUUCACCUCUCACUAUCCAAUAAAACACGCACACACACUCACACUAUGUGUGUGUUUUUGGUGCUUACUGUCACAGUACACAGAUGGAAAAUUAGCAGAAAGGCUUUAACUCUGUACAGUGUGUGCAGAAAAACAGCCCUUUCAUCCGGGCAAUUUUCUUGGCCUAUUGGGUUUUGUCAAAGUUCAAAUCUUUUCUCGUGAAGUAAAAAAAAUCAAAUCUUCUUUGAGUGAGAGAGAAUGAAGCUGCUGAUUUUUCUUGGUAUUCAACCCCCUGCACGCUUUCGUAGAUAGGAGGAAAAAAUAGUCUUUAUUAUAUUUAUUGACCUCAAACUCCUGACAUCCAUAAGAAAAUAGGUUUUAGUUUGAAAGAAAAUGUUUCCUCAGAAACAGGCAGAGGAGGCUAUAAUCCAUAGAAAUAUGGAUGAGAAUUAUCAUGACAAUGAGAGAGAUGAGGAGAUGAGUAAUGCAAAAUUCAGGUUUAGCUUCAAAAGCAUUAUUUGGCAUGGGGGCUCUGUUUAUGAUGCUUGGUUCAGCUGUGCUUCAAAUCAGGUGGCACAGGUUUUAUUGACAUUGCCAUACUCCUUUUCUCAAAUGGGAAUGGUUUCAGGAGUAAUUCUUCAAAUAUUUUAUGGCUUGCUUGGAAGUUGGACUGCUUAUCUUAUUAGUGUGCUCUAUGUUGAGUACAGAACCAGAAAAGAAAAAGAGAAUGUUUCCUUCAGAAACCAUGUCAUCCAGUGGUAUGAAGUCUUGGAUGGCUUAUUAGGUCCCUAUUGGAAGGCUGUGGGAUUAGCCUUCAAUUGCACAUUCCUUUUGUUUGGCUCAGUUAUCCAGCUUAUAGCUUGUGCAAGCAACAUAUACUACAUUAACGAUCGGUUAUGGUCGUUUUUGGGGCUCGGGAUGACUACUUAUACUGCCUGGUACUUGACUAUAGCUUCUUUUGCCCAUGGCCAGGUUGAAGGAGUGACUCACUCUGGACCAACCACAAUGGUUUUGUAUUUUACUGGAGCCACCAAUAUUCUUUAUACUUUUGGUGGCCAUGCUGUCACUGUUGAAAUUAUGCAUGCAAUGUGGAAACCGAGUAAAUUCAAGUACAUAUACCUACUUGCUACAUUAUAUGUGUUCACGCUCACAAUCCCUUCAGCCUCAGCCGUUUACUGGGCUUUCGGAGAUAAACUCCUCACGCACUCCAAUGCAUUCUCUCUUCUUCCACGAACACAUUACCGUGAUUCAGCAGUUGUCCUAAUGCUCAUCCACCAGUUCAUAACGUUCGGGUUCGCAUGUACGCCUUUGUACUUUGUGUGGGAGAAAGUGAUUGGCAUGCACGACACGAAAAGCAUAUUCGUACGGGCCCUCGCCAGAUUACCUGUGGUGAUACCCAUAUGGUUUCUUGCCAUUAUUUUCCCCUUUUUCGGGCCCAUAAAUUCAGCCGUGGGCUCACUUCUCGUUAGCUUCACGGUCUACAUAAUUCCAGCCCUGGCCCAUAUGCUCACUUACAAAGAAGCCUCCGCUCGUCAGAAUGCAUCAGAAAAGCUUCCGUUUUUCCUCCCGAGCUGGACUGGAAUGUACGUUGUUAACAUUUUUGUGGUUUUGUGGUUUUUUGUGGUGGGUUUUGGGUUCGGUGGGUGGGCCAGCAUGACUAAUUUCAUCAAGCAAGUCGACACAUUUGGUCUUUUUGCGAGAUGCUACCAAUGCAAGGCCUCGCCCGCAAAGCACUAGGUACAAGCGGCCCUCUUUAUUACACUUAACAUCAUGUAUUCAUGCAGUUAUGUCAAGUUUCGACCAAAUCAGAUGAGGCCUUGUUGAGGCCUUGUUGUUUAAGGGGUGCGUUAUUUUCGGGCUAAUCGACUGAUAUUGUUUUGUUUUUCCGAUCCGAUCGAUCGGUUAGUAUAUCCACUUGGACUUGCGUGUCGGGAUGAAUGAUGAUUGAUGGAGUUCUUUUUCCUUGUGGCAUUAGAUGUAAUGAAGAAUUAUAAUGUGGUGCAAUUAUGUUGUAUUUGGUGCAUUGGUGAAUGUUGAAUGGCUUUGGUUUGAUGUAGAGUUCAUGUGGU